GCUACCUCUGUCAGAACAUUGACAAAGACAGGUUACUCGAGAUCGAGCCACACUCUCACUUUUCCUGUUCUUCUGCUAUUUGCAAAUGCGCUAAUGAAUGGCAUCGAUGAAGGUCUCUCAGAACCUCUCAAUAGCAUUCUUGUCGAGGAGAUCGCGAAGAUAUUUGAUGAUUAUCCAUCCAGACUGCAACAGCAAUCGCUGUACUUCGUGUGUUGUGAUGCACUUAGGUUCAUUCAGGUUGCAAACCAUACGACCAUUGUUGCAUGCCUAAGGUCCAGGGUGCCAACGUCGUUCCCCAAGCUUGCUGCAUGCAGUGCACGAUACUGCCAAAUCUCACCAAAUCCUUGGAGACGUGAACUGCGCAAUCAGUCAUACUUAGAGCUGUGUGACAUACUUGCUGGAAGAUGUAUCUCUGACGGUCACGAGGCCGACCCAAAUACAAAGCUCCAAUUGCAAGUCUUAUUCAGUGAAUUCUUCUCCCAGUCAACUUCUCUCUACCAGCAAUGCUCUGUGCUUCGUGCACGCUUGAUGCGGAUCCAGAACUUUCCUCAGUAUUUCACACUCUCUUCAAAGGACAACGCCUCUUCCUCUCGCCGCUCCACCGAUCCCGUCACACAGCUCUGGGAUUGCUUCGCCCUCGGCGUCCCUCUCUGCUACCUCUUCAAUCUGUUACCUCCCCCUAUACAACCCGUUCCUAUCGAUACAGCUUCUUUUGAUCCUACCAAUGACAUGAUCAUAAACCGGGCUCUCGUCAUGUUCGAAGCAGGUGUUCGUCAGAUCGAAGGUUGCCCUAAAUUCACUAUGACGGAUCUGUGGGACCGGAAUUCUACUGAUGGCUUUGUCAGGGUCGUCAACAUCGUCUCAACUGUUGUAACCAACAUCCCCGAGGAUAUCUUCACUGAGUCACCUCACACAUACCCACCAACGGAGCUUUUUACAUGGCUCCUGCAUAGCGCUAGAUCAACGGAUCGGCAGCCAGGAGCUAACAUUGCAAAGGAGCUGCUGUACACUGAACGCAAAUACGUACAGGACCUGGAAACUAUGCAGUGGACCUUAGGCCAGGGCGCUUUCUUGCUUGGCAUGAACCUUGACAGUCUCAUCGACUUCCAUCGUAGAUUCCUUAUCAAGUUGGAAAGCAUCUCUGAUUCCCCGUGGAUGGAUGGUGGAUGGGGCAAUGCCUUCACGGAAUUCGAAGAAGAGUUCUCUGUGUACGAAUCCUAUUGUGUGAACUACACCAAUGCCAGUGACAACCUUUCUCUCUCGGAGGAAAAUAGUCUGGUGGCACUGGAUGGCUUGCUCAACAUCAAGUCUGAACUUUCUGCGUUCCUCAUUAUGCCCGCGCAGCGUGUAGGCAAGUAUCCGUUGCUCCUGGAGUCUCUAAUCAAGGCGGUCAUGAACACUAAUUAUUCACAUCUCGAUGAGCUCAAGCAGGGUCUUGCUGCGGCGAAGCGUAUCGCGGACAAGGUGAACGAGGAGAAAAGGCGGGCAGAGAACAGAGCAGCUGUUAAGAGGCUCGAAGGUCGCGUGGACGACUGGAGAGGUCACCAUGUCUCCAACUUUGGCACUGUACUCCUUGAUGAUGUCUUUACGAUCACGAAGUCGGACAUAGACAGGGAGUACCAUGUCUUCUUAUUCGAAAAGAUUAUACUGUGCUUCAGAGAGUUGUUUCCCUCCACCAACGGCAAGAAGGCAGGAAAAAGCAACGGUCUACUCAAGACACCGGGCUCUCCAUGGCCUAUCAAUAUUUCUAGCCCUAAUUUAUCCAAGAGGGGCACUCCUUUACUUCUCAAAGGCAGGAUCUACCUUCAGAACGUCACCAGCGUGAUUCCUAAGAUCCAUGCAGGUCGAUACUCUCUAGCCGUAUAUUGGAAAGGGGAUCACGACAUCGAAUACUUUACUUUACGUUGCCGCAAUGAAGAACAACUGCGACUUUGGGAAAACUCGCUUGUCCGUCUACUCGCAGAUAUCGCUGCCCGGCGCACGACUGAUAGCCUGUAAAAUCUCACGUAUGAAAGAAAACAGUCGGUUACGAAGGAGGCUGAGGGAGUUAGCAUAGACGGUGCCUUGUUGAAUGUUUCAAAACAUCAGAUGCCAAUUCAACUAUGGGGCAUAACUAUGCUGCUCUGCACCGUUGCUCAUGUAAUUGUUUACUCAUUGAGUGUUGAGGCUUGCGCAUCCUCAAUAUGAACGUCAUCUUUUGUAACGAGACGAGCACAAAUUUGGGCUGUAGAUGUUGUGGUAUCGUGUCAUUCUGUAUGUGA